AUGGCCUCCUCUUCAGGAGGCGCUGAGGUAAAGGAGGUCAUAUAUUGUAUAAAUUGUCGACAGCAGAUUCAGCUUAGGCUUCACGUGAAAUGCUGCGAAUGUCCUGCUAUGAUUUGUGCAGAGUGUUUCUCUUACGGAUGUGAGGCGGGUCAGCAUGUUCGAGGUCAUAAUUAUGAAAUCUGCGAUCCGCUCGGUGGAAGAACUUUCGAUGUGAAAGGAAGUUGGGGGGCCAUCGAAGAGCGCAAGCUUCUAGCCGCUGCCUAUAGGUUCAAGUUAGGCAACUGGGGUGAGGUGACACGAUUAAUGGAGACAGAACGAUCCAUAAGUCAAGUGCAGGAAUAUUAUGAUCGCUUUUUCAUCCGUGGUCCCAUCGGACAAUUCGCUCUGAAACUGUUGAACUGGGAAGAGUCGAAGCGAGCAAUGCUUGCAGACGGGUCACUUGCAUAUAACUGCGAGGAUGAUCGUAUAACCUACUUAUUGAUGGCGAUGGAUGCGUACAAAGAAAGUAAGGAGAAGCUGGAUCCUUGUGAUGAAGAUCUCACAAAUAAAAUGGAUGCCAUCAUGCAGAACUACCUCUUCCGUCUGAAUCUGAACGAUGAACGACCUCAAUGUAACGAUCAGUCGGAGCUGUCUGAAUUGGUCGAUCUGGCUUUGAGCGAUGAUUCAUGCGAUCCUUCGGACUACGAUAUGGACAAGAAGGCGCCUGAUGAUGCUUAUUCAACGGGACUCGAACCGGAAAACGACAGCGAAGAGGAUGAUGGUAACAACCAUUCAGCGUCUCCAAGCAAAUCGACUAAAGCAGACCCAAAACCUUCGCGCAAGUCUUCACGCCCAUCUGUUGUCUUUAUGAGACCAGCCAAGAAGAAGAUAAGAUGUGGUCUUCGAAAAUCUACAUUAGAGAAGAAUGGGCGAGCAUCCAGAUAUCGAAGGGUUCAGGCAGAAAGUUCGUCAACUGAGGAUGACUCUGGAAGCGAAGAUGAAGUGGAGCCUAUGGAGACUGACCAAGCGUCUGUUGAUGAUACUCAGGAUUCGAUGCAUGGCUUGGAAAAGGAGGACACGACGGACGAGUGCACUGGCUCUGAUUCGGAGGAUCCAAAACAGGAACCUGCUAAAAAAUCUGCCACUCCAACGAGCUCUGCGGUACGCAAAAGAAGGCGGGCGAAAGUCGUUUCGAAGAAGGCCCGUCGUCUGAAGGAAUUCCAGAAGAGAAUGGCUCGAAUGACUAAAGCUGCUGAGAGAAGACUUAAUGAGUUGUCCGAACUGUGUCCGCUUGAGACGAUUCGAGAUUUACGUAACUCAAGGCCAGAUCUAGCGUUGUACACUAAUGACUACGUCGGCAGACCUAAAGUGCGCCAGAGUGAUAUGGAUAUGUUAGCAUACAAUGCAGCACGAGGAGAUUUUGAAUGGGAAUGGUACAACGAUGCUGAGCAGCUGAUUAGUCGGCUCAUGAUUCAGGAGUCAUCCGAUAAAGUGGAAGACCUUGAAAAUGAUAUCAAGUUCGCACGCAUUGAAAGGUAUUACCGCAUUCUCAAAACUAGAAAAGCGUAUCGUCGUGCUAUAGUGGAACAUGACAAGAUCUCAGAAUUCUUCAGAUUCAUGAUGAAUAUGACCAUGGAGAAACGCAAAGCCAGUCAAAUCCUUUCUCAGCGCCCUCCUCUGGAAAAACUACUAACUCGUGCACAGCAGUGCUUAACCAAGAAAGAGACUGAGGAUUUACGUACUCAUGUUGAAAAAGCUGAUGAACUUAUGGACAGAAUUGCUAAGCUCCAAGAAUUACAACGUAAUGGUGUACUAACUCUAAAAGAAGCCGUGCUCCUGGUGGUCGCACUGUGCUGGACUCGCUUUCUAAUGGACUCACUGCCAUCGUUGCUAUUCCUCAGCACGAUUGUUGAACUGUACUACAUAAAUGUGUUGGCAUGGACUCUGUUUCUCAAGAAAUUGUCAAGAUGCUAUGGAUCGCGGAACGCUCAAUCAAGACGAGGCCUUUUGUCUUGCUCACUUCAGUUUAACAUAGAAGAGCUUAUGCUCGUAGAGGAGGUAGUUGUCGACAACCUCGAAGGUCAACUAUCAUCGCCUUUGCUUUCGUUAAAAUUCCGUAGCCCACGAUCUGGUACUGCCACUCCGCUGCGACGUUUCCGGCACCGUGGACGGUUCGUCGGCCACAAUAAUGGAGGAGCUAUGGAGGAUUCUCAGCAAGGCUCGUCCGGUGAUAUGUCUUCAUCAUCACAGUCCUCUGGUAGCUGUCCUGUGAAUGUGGACGCUGUACUUGGUGCGAAUACCGUGGAAGACAUUGCUGAUACUCAUCCUGACUUCGCCCGUCUAUUACUUGACUGCUAUUCGGCUGGAUGUGACCUUGAGGAGUAUAAGCGAGAAUUUCAACGUUUGAAAAAUCUUCGAAUCAAGCGCCAAGGAGGAGUCAACCAGACCCUGAGCUUUUCACUUUUCCCUUCGGUGCCCUCCGAUUUGCCUGGUCACCUGUUUGUUCGAUUGCUCAAAUUUCAUUCGCUUUAUGAGGGUGCAUGCAGAAAAUAUUUGGCCGAUGUUGUCAAUAGAAGAGUGGAAGCAUCUCCAAGUUUCCCGUACGAUUUGUCGACCGUUGGGAUUCAAGAUCUCAUUCAAGGAGGGUCCUCCACAGAAUACUACAGUGCUGCAAGUGGAAGCCAGUCCGUUGCUGGUUCAUACGCCGGCUCUGAUGCUCAUUUCCUUGAUCCAUCCGAUGUGGCCCAAGGCACCUCGUCUGCUGUGGCGUAUUCUCCUGCUAGACAUAUGACAACGCCGAUUUCUGGAAUGGAAAGUGGACAGUCGUACAGUAACAUGUCUGCUCCACAUAGUCAACAUUAUCAGCAAAUGCCGAGCUCGUCUGGGAUGCAUGGCAUGGAUAAUAGAAGAAUGAUGACUUCUACACCCAUGAUCGGAGGCGUUGACUCGUCAGCUCAAGCUUCACCUUUUGCGACGCCAACGAAAAAACCUCGAGCUCGCCGGAAACCUGUCGCAGCUCCACAGGCUCAAGUCCAGGGACAACAGUCGAUGAUCCAAAGUCGCCAGAUGACUGCUACGCCAGUUCCUGGAUGGCAGCAACAUCAAGCCCAGUCAAAUAUGGCAAUGCAAGGGCAACCACUUCAUGUACAGAACAGAACCCUGAUGUCUGCAUCUGUUACACCGCUACAGAGACAACUAACGACGCCUGUUCCGGAUCACCGUGAGAUGAUGAGCGCCACGCCGUUACCCGGCUGGGCACCUCAUCAAGUAGGAAGUGGCAACAAUCAAGUAGAGCGCAGCCCUUUAGUUUCUUCGCUACCGCCACUAUCACAAUUCACCCCAAUACAACAGCCACAGGCUCGUCAAAUGAAAACGCCUUAUCCACCAUCCCAGAGCCGUCAACUGGUAACACCGGUAGCUCAUACUCAACAGCGUGCGAUGAGUACGAUUCCAUAUGAGCAGUCGUCUCACGUUUAUCCACAAUCACGCGAAAUGAUGACUCCAGUUCCUUUUGCUCAACCCGAAUCGGUUAAUGUUCCGUAUGCCCAGUCGCAGAAUAUCGGAACACAGAUGGGCUCCACAACAGGCGAGAUGUACCCACAGCAAAGUAUUCAAUAUCAGUGGUCAGAAGGCAGCUCAAUGGAUGUUUAUGGCCAGCAAGGACAAUUCGUGCAACAGCCCUCGUAUGGCCAACAAUCGCAGUUCAAUCAGCAGAUGAAUUCUGGAAGUCAGCAGCAGUUUGCUGGACAGUACAGUCAGCUGAUCCCUACCUACAGCACCCAGCCAGCGUGUGGAAUACAGAAUGCACAACUUACGCCAGGUUCAUUGCAAACUCAUCAGAUGCCCCGAAGUUGUGAUGUUGCUGGUGCUGUUCAUCCUCAGCAUGGGUCAGAUAUUGCACAUCAAGAUCAGCAAUCCGCUGCCAAUUUUGCUUCUGGAAUGAUGGACAUGGGUGUAUCGUCGAAUACGGGUGCUAUAGUGGAUCUUCUUCAGAGCAAUGAUCCGUUGGCAUCUGGUGAAACCUUGGAUGUCGUUCAAAGUGAUUACCCUGGCAUGGCAUCAGCAUCUAUUCCUAGUGCGCCGAUGAUCGAUCCAAUGUUAGAUGGCCAGAUUAGGACGUUUGAUAUCACUCAGUGUCCUCCCCCUCCACGUAAUGAUUCGGAGGCGACUGUUCCGGCACGAACGUCACCAAAUUCUUGUUCGCCAGGGCUAGCUGGAGACGAUGAUGCAAGCUCGCUAAUACCGAGCUUCUUCUAUCCCAAAGAGUUCGUUCAAAACGAUCUCAACGACUUGAGAAUAGAAGACUCGCCGAUUGAAAAGGGCCUUGUCAAUUGUCAACAUUUCCGUUUCGAUAUAAUCCUUGCGAUGAAACACCAUCGAAUCGGCAAAGAAGACUACGAACGUACUCUACAUGAGCUGGAUGAGAUGGAGAAGGAGAAGUGUGUUGGACCAUUAGGAGAUUUGUUGAUGAAGAGAUUAGGCCUCAAGCGGCAAGAACAAUAUAGCCAUGAUGGAAAGUUCAGUGUUGAUGAGCUCGUCGCUGCAUUCGCUGCAAACGCCACGAUUCAAGAAUCUGGUGCCAAAAUGCCGGAGCGUAGAAUGAGCUCAGAGUUGUUCAGUGAAUUCCUAGAUGACAUCACUCCAAUGCAGCCAAACACGAGCGCUGAUCAGUUCCACAUUCAAACUCAUCCUGAUUUACACCCAGUAUCUCCUGCUGCUGCUCCUCCUCCUUCACUAUCGAAGUCGACUGUUUUACAAUCAGGUGAUGCCAUGAACGAUCUUGGCUAUCUAUUGUCGGAUGAUGUCAUUGCUGAAUUCGAUUCAAUGUCUUCGUCGGCUCCUGCAGCAGUAAAGCCUGCAUCCGUUGGUGCGCCGACACCACUUGAGCGUAGUGAACCGUUGUCUGUUGGCGCUCCGGCAUCGUUUGCCCGCAGUGAACCUCUGUCAGUUGGUAGUCCUGCAAUCCGUAGAGAUGUCUUAUUCGAUAAACCGGGUGUGUCCGCGGACACCAGUAUUUUGCUCACGCCAGAUCUGAUUGAAGGAAAGGUCAGCGCUGAGACGUUUGCUCAAAAUGACAUGUCAAAUGCGGUGCUCACAUCGUCGUCGUCAAAUGUAAAAUCUGUGCAAUGCGGUCAGCCCGCGGCCCCUGCAGGUGACCCAUUCUCGCCUUCCGAUCUAGCUACUCGAGGAAACUCCACGAAAGAAUCGCUUUCCAAAACUCUUUCUUCCCAACCAGAAGAGCAAAUGCCGUCAACUGUUAAAGUAAACACAAUAUUCAGUGGUAAGGUAGCUCCGAGAAAGCCAUUUCCUGAAAACGAGUCCACUCCAAAGAAAUCGUUGGAAAUCGGAGCCCCUGCGCAAUCUGCACGCCGAUCGGACGCGUUUGCCAAUGAAAGCUAUGGAAAUUUGUCCCCUUUUGUCAUCAGUCCGGAGCCACUAUCAGACGAAGAAGAAUGGUGGAGGAAGGAUGACGAGACUCCGCCAAUGCUUGGAGGGACGCCGUUGAAGAUUAAGUCAGAUGCUAUUGACCUUAAAACCUCAAUCCUAGAAAGAACGUUGGAAAAUUCUAAACCUCUUGAUUUUGAGAUGCAGUCAAGUUCUGCCACGGAGUUGGAAGUAUCUGCCAAAGCUGCCGUUACAGUCACGAAGCGGUCACCAAAAAGAAGUGAGGAAAAGGAAACCAAGAAGGAGAUGGACCGAUUUUUGCAAUCGCCCUCGUCUUCGCAUCCAAUGCGUCUGAAAACCUCUGACGAAGACGAAGAUGAACGGAAGUCGAAGGUGGCAGAACAUGUGAAGAAACCACCGCGAAAAACUAACAGGAUCCUUUUCGGUUCGGAUUCGUCUUCUGAAGAUUCAGCAAAGGAAGAUGCUCUAAUAGCUCCGUCCACGUCUCGUGCUCAUCAAUCUGUUUCACUUCCGUCGUUGCCUCUUGUGUCUCGAAAGAAGUCCCAUUCCCCCCAUGAUCAUCAUUCACCGCGAUCGGGUAAGAAGAAAGGCAGGAAGUCUUCGUUGCCGUCGAGGCCGACGAAAGAAUCGAAAGAAGCUGUGCAGAAGUCCGGGUUGUCAAAAGUUGAACUAUCACGUGAAGUUCUGGCGAAGCAGAUCGCAGAGAUAAUUGAAGACGAACGAAGUAAACUGCCUCCAGAAGAGGCCAAAUUUCACAAAAGACCUUUAUCACCAGCAUCGUUAGAUGUUGUUAUUCAGGAUCUGAUGCAGCAUCACAUAUCGGAAGAUACUAGUCCGAACAGAGAGCUUUUUGCCUCGAAAUUGUUAGGAACAGAUAUCUUUUCAAAACUAUUCUUCCGCGCGGGGAAGUGCGUAUUUCGUCACUACGAAGAAUUGGAUGAUUUCAGAAGCAAAGAAAAAGGAAGAGGUCGCAGAAAAGGUGCAGCACGCAAGAGGGAUACAGAACUGUUGCGGGGAAUAAGAAAAUCUCGCGAAAUUCAGAAGUACAAAGAUGCUCUACGGGCGGCCAAGGAACCUUCUGAGGCCGAGAAAAGGGCUGCUGUUGAAAGAGCAAAGUUGGAGGCGAUGCCAUGGUUGGCGCGAUCUACUUUCAAACCAGAUGUUCAGCAAGGGACUUCUUCUAGAUUUGUUAUUCCGAAGAAAUCUAGUGGCAAUCGAAGUGGUGGGGAGAGUACCACAAGUCGCGCCACAAGUGAGACCAAACAGGAGACAAGUCGUCAAGUUGAUGUAGACGUGAAAUCCAGCCACCAUAAAGUUGAGGAGAGAGCCAGCGAACAUCACAAGAGCGGCUCAUCAAACGACAAGGGCAGCCUUUCUAGGCGCAGUCGGUCGCCACCACCUCAUUUAGUGGGAAUCAAGAGUGUACCUCGGAUACAUGAAGAACGUCUGGCCAAAGUGGAAUCACCCGUGUCGAGAAAAGUAGCAGAAGUUUCUGCUAGCUUCUCGUUUUAUUGGAUGCCCAGGUCUCACAAAGCAAAAGCAAAGCACACAUGGCCACUGAAAAGAUGGAGAUCUGCGUCUGCAGUUAUUGAAGAAGCAGUAGAGGUGCUUCCUGAUAGCGCACUGGAAGAGCAUCCAGAGGACGACUCUGUGUUCGAGGAUGUAAUGGAGGACGUCGAUAUAGCUGUCGACAGCUUUGCUGAAGUUCGCUUUGAAAAACCUCCUACUUCCAUGGAAAGUUCGAAUGCUUUUCCCACCACAUCGUUUGUUUCAGCAAGGGAGUCGGAACUGGCGGCAUUGGCUUUGCAAGAAGAAAUGUCGAGGAGCGAGCAGGGUUCACCUGAUGACCAGUACGAUGCAUUACGCUACCUCGCUGCUAUGCCUGAAUCAGAAUUUUCUGGUCACAGCGAUACCUAUGAACCAUCAACCUCUGUUAAAGUUGCGAAAAAGAGCUCAGCUCCCAAAAAUCUGAGUGCAGUCUUGGAAGUUCCUACGAAAGUGUUGCCAGUGGAGCAAUUGCGAAGGGAGGAAGCUCAUUUUGAGCAAGCGGACUGGAUCAGAAUGGAUCCGAUCACACAACCAUUCUACGGAACUGAAUUCGAUAACGAUCCUUGGCGACUUCCCUCUUCAAGUGCGCCUGCACUGACUUCGAGACAACCGACAGAAACUGUCCAAACCGCUGACGCAGUGCCUGGUGGGAACUCCUUGUAUUCAAGCCUUCAAGAAGAACUCGACACAAUUGUGAGGGACACUCUUGGAGAUACAUUGUACAGCCCCACAGCAAUAGGUGGCGCGCUUCCAAUCACUACGAAACCUGCUGUUGAGAAAUUUCAGUGGCCUAAGGCAGAUGUGCCUGUCCGAAGUUAUGCUCUUGACACCAUUCUUCCGCCACUAAUGUGUGAUAAAUCAAAGAUUGCUAUGUUGGACAUGUGUAGGUGCCAGCGUUGCACUACAAGGUGCGAGUACUUCUGCGACCAUGAAGAAUGGAAGUACCUCUACGAGUGUGCCAUAGCAUGUCGUAAAGAGCGAGAGGAAGCUGAACGGCGUCGCUUGCCCCCACCUGAUCGAGUUUGUUCGGAAACGUUCGAACUUUCAAAGAAAUCCGAAAAGAAGAGUGCCAAAUCUGUCUGGAAAGUGUGGCGGCGCACCUCUGAUCGCGGUCAGUUGAGCAUAAUCAGAGCUCCUUCCAACACCAGCGUUUUCACGAGAAAGCCAGCUGCUGAAAGCGCACAGGACCGUCGAUGGAUUUACCAACGUACUUCAGCGGCGCAGAAAUUUACCAGUGUGUCGGCUAAACGCGAAUACUGUGAGCUAAAACGUCUGCCAUGUUUGGAAAACUUGGUCGUGCUGCGAGAAGAGUUACAAUUUUGUGAGGAUCGUGAAAGUUUCUCGAGUUUUGCUUCACCAACGGUAACAGUGCUGCGCCAUGAAAAUGAAGCUCAAGCAAGUGCUCAGGCUAUCAUGCCGAUAUAUCAAGUCUCUUAUGAGAAAACCGCGAUGAGUAUAUUCUCGGCUCCAGUAGGCAUCGACCUUUACAAGGACGGAUCCUCCAUUGAAUACAAAACUUCAGUACCAAUACCGAGAACAGAAAUUUUUGGCACAGAAGUAGCCGAUCUUUCCGUAUCGUAUGAACAAGAGGAUGAUGCACUUUCAGCGAGAGCUACUAUCAAUGUCCCUCGUAAAACUUCUGCUUUAUUAAAUUCCACCUCGCAUAGUAUAGCAUUAAGUGAUCCUCAGUGGAUUGUGCAGAGAUCGGUGUGUUCGUCUGAAAUAUCCCUUCCGUAUCCUCGGCACGACGCCACUAUCUUGAGUUCUCGUCAGUCAAAUGUUGAGCGGAGAAGGGCUGAUGUGUCACUUUCCACCUCUGUGAAAUUACCAAUCCCGAGGAUAACGAAAUCUUCAUUUGCCUAUAGCUAUGUAGACGAAGGAUUGCAAGCAAGCGAACCCUCAGUGCAGGCUGAGAUAUCACUUCCACUUCCAGUGUCGGAUGUCACGUUUUACAGAUCCUCUCAACUGAGAGUUCGACGUAAGCGCGCAGGUGCUACGGCCAGCACAGAUAUCGUUCUUCCCAUCCCCCGCUCAGAAGCUUUCAUUCUGAGCGUCUAUGAAUUGGGAACAGAUCAGAAGCGAGAAGAUUCCCAGGCAGCGGUGGAUUUCUCUGUACCUCUACCUCGGGAGGAAAGCACAAUUUUGAAUAUCACUGAAGUGAAAUUUCAUCGACGUCGACAAGAUUUUGCAGAUAUCACCACGGGGGCAAUGCCUAUAGCGCGUAUGGAGUAUACUACCACUAAUAUACUAAAACUAACUGUGAAACGCAAGCGUGUUGGAUUCGCGGCUGCGUCCGACGCCGUUAUCACUAUUCCGCGUGUGUGUUUAGCUGCAUUUAGUGCAACUGAAGCAGAGUUUGCUCAUAUACGCGAGGAUUCUCUUGGAUGCUCUGAGAAGGUGGUCCCAAUCCCUCGAGAAGAAAGUACCAUUCUUAACUCACUUACUUUGAGAGUGAAACGCACAAAGAAGCCGAUUAUGGAACCCAUCCAUUACAGUCACCCAAUUCCCCGUGAAGAAGAUGCGAAAUUCGCUGUGUACGAUUUGACUGCACGACGUCUGAGAGCCAGUGAUGAGAAGGAGCUGUGCUAUGCGCAUCCUAUUCCACGUGUGUCCCAAACGGUCUGUACAAUCACAGCUCGAAGUUUUGACAUGGUAAAUCGUGAGGUGUAUGUAUUCGAUUCGAAUAAGGUGAUGAAUAUCGCUGCUGAAGAAGACACAUCCACCCAUAUCAUUGAUAUGAACAUUCAUCGUCUCCGUAAGGAACAGUUAUCCGUUGUCCAGCAGGUGACGAACUAUUCCGCUUGGGACCAGUAUGCGUUGGCCACACACUCGAGGAAGGACUCAUUCGAGAACGAACUGACUUCUGACGACGUCAGCAAAAGCAGUACUACUAUUGUUCCAAUUCCUCUUGAAGACGUUGAAGUGCUUCGAUUGUCGACAAUUAGAAUGUCGCGGAAAAGAAAACAUGAAGAAGAAUCCACCCUACUGGUGAAGAGAAUCAAGAUCGAAGAUCGAGCAGGACUGUUUAUUACAGACAAGAGCUUCACCAGUGACGCAAAUCGCAUUACCGAAGUCGUGUAUGUCAAGGAUCCGAGAUUGCCGCUGCAGUGCUCAAAUUCUUUCAUAGCACUAUCAAUCAAAUGGAGGUAUUUUGCUCAUCAGCAUAUGCCACACCUGGUGUUUUCCUCAUAUUUGACCACACAGUUCGCGACGUUACUUCAAAGGGUGUUUGCUGGAGGUGUGGAUCGUUGUACGAUUACAAUUAAUGAUCUGAACAAAUUAUUUGCAAAUAUGGAUGGAAGAUAUGAUUUGAGCGUUUUCACCGAUCCAAACAAAGUCAUGGCAACCUGUUCUGAUCCGUCGGGUCCAAUUUGGAAUCGCUUGAUGAAACUUCGUAUGCAGCGUAACUCUACAGAACUUCUUAAUCGUAAAGCAUUAGCACCACUGUAUAUAUUUCUGGGAAUGACGAAUCUUCCAAGAGUCGGGAAACCGUGGCGAAAAUGGUUGAAACCUCUCGAUGCCACCACGGAAUCGAGAAUUGGUUGUCAACUUGCUCUCUGUAUGCGAAUCCCGGAUAUUGUUGGAGUUGAUGAUAUGGAUCCAAAAUUGCAAGCUAUCAAAAUGUGGUGGACAUUCAUGAUGAUUCGUGGGACAUUGCCAUGGUAUAUCUAUCCCUGUUUUUCUCGUCGCCAACUAUUUCUUCUGGUUCGUCUUCUCGAAGCACUUGAGGAGGUGGAACGACCGCCUUUCUGCCUAUAUCCACCCAAGGUGUUUUUCAAAGCCGUUAAGAAAGUUCUGCGUCAUGCACGUAUGGAUCUUAUUCCGAAAGAUAUUUAUCAUCCCGAUAUAACAACCAUGGCUACUUUGCUGAAAUUGAAGCGUAAUAGAGUAUUUCACGUGGACCGUUCCUUACCCGAGCUGCUGUCACAUUGGAUGGACGACAUGAAUAAAAUUGAUGUUUAUCUGGCAGCCGAUGUGAAACUGAACACCAUGAAUUCUUCGAGUUUCCUGACUCAGAGUGAAUGGGCAUGGAUGAAUUUUGGUCAGGGUUGUGUCCCUGAUGGCAUUAAGUACGACCGAAAUGUCAAGGUGGAGGCUACAAUAGAACAGCUAACAGAAUGUCUUGCUGAUGUCAAUUUGCCGCUUGAGCAACGGAAACAGAUUUCUGUGUUGAGAACUGCCCUAGGCGCCUGGGCCAAAUAUGACAGUGGGCCUUCAAUAGAUCAGAUUCCUGUGGACAUAAUAAAUCCAUUCGCAUUGUCCGCAUCGUUGAUUGCCUUGUUGCCGAUGCCUGAAGGUUUUGUAGACGAGUGCUUCACGUUCCUUGAAAAGGUUUCGAAAAAGUCAAGCCAGCUACGCCAAAAUCCAGUAAAAAGAAGCACAAAAAACUCACUAAAUUGGAAAUGGAAACCAAGCGAAAGGCUGGCCGCCGUUGGGAAGCCUACAAGCGCUGGCACAAAGGCCAAUGGCAGAACGACGAUUAGUACACUGUUCGAGGAGUUUUGGCGAUCACCUAAGGAUUUUUCAACCAUUUCUGUUUUUAAUAAAGAAGAGAGCAUGACAUCAUAUUCACCCAAUUAUAAGAAUACCCAAGUAAGUGCAGAUAAAACACCAGAUGAGCUCGCCACGAAAUCUUCUACACCUCCUUCUAAGCUGGUACGCGAAAUGGCUAAACCUCCGUCUUCCCAUGGUGACGUGAAAGGUUCAAAAUCCACAAAACGGUUGCGCAAGCGGAAAGACCUUGCGGUUGGUGAGGCAAAGUCAGCAUCAGAGAUUAUGCGCCCAUUUAAAAGGUCGAAGCUCGAGAUGAGAAAACGCCGUCGAGCUAGAACAAGUGAUGAAGAUGGUCCUACGUCUGCAAAGCAACCAAUGGCGAAGAUUCCUGACUACCGCUCUUCGAAGUUGAGACACACCUUGGCCAGACGCGGCAUGGAAACAGAGAAAAUGGUCCAUGAAACUGUUUUAAGAGCGGCAGCUAUUGCGGCUGUUCAAGGCUCUGAUGCUCCCAUACCAUGUCGAAAAUCCGUGAAACGACCAGCCCGUGAAUACUCGUCUUCUGACGACUCUGAAGUCGUUCGACCUACCAAACCUAUUCGUGUUAAGAGAAGCCGCCCCGCGACUAUUUUUGAUGUGACAAACUUUGAAUGGGUCCUGGAAAUGUCACUACGACGUCCACGUGCAUUUGUUGGCCUUUAUAAGACAAUGAAAUGUCAGUACCGAGUGCUUGAAAAACGUAGAUGGGUGGAGAAGAAUCGUAAGCUGUACGAUAGAGCACAAUUCGAAAAGUUCUUGAAGGAGACUUCCCACUCUGAGGUUGAAAUGAUCGAGAAAACAAAGCUUCUGAAGGCAGAGAAAGACAUGGAGCUUGCGUUAGGAAUAAAACGAGCAGAAGCUGAGAGGAUGGCAAAAUUUGCUGUCAAAGAUCUGGCUCACUGGUACGGCAUGAGCGCUCGUUACGCAGUACAGGCGGAUGCGUUGGCCAAGAAGACACUAGAGGAAGCGAAAAUGCUCGACGUUGCAUUAGAGCGGCUCAAAAAGCAAGAGGAAGAGGCUGAGAAAGAGCGACAGAGGGCAGGCAAGGAGCUAGCCAUCGAGAAUUCUGUCUCAGCUACAUUGAAUUCGAUUGUGCAGACGAUUCAAGCCAAUGAAGAUCACGAGAUUGAGAACGAACUUAUGGAGGUGGCUGAUGUAAAGAAGACGUUGAUGGAUAUGAUCGUCCGUGUUGAAAAAGUUGGAGCGGACGAGCGUAAGCACCACCCGAAGAGUGAGACAACGGAACUCCGGUUGCCAAAGAUAUCAGAGUUUGAUGCAGAUGCAUCGAAGACGGCAACAUUUGUUCCAAUGUUCAUCGAUGAUGUCAAAGAUGACCAAAUUGGAUACGACGCGUCGCAGAACAGUGCAUUUGGUAGUAUAAUUUGCAUGGAUAGAUUGGACAAGGAAUUUAGUAAGUUAUCUGACAAUCGCAUUCCUCCGAUUAUUCACAUACAAAGUCACAUACCAAUAACGUCGGCUUUCAUAUCACUGAUUCUCAAAAUGAAUAUUCACUUCAAACCGCAAUUUCCUUUCGAACCACGUUUCAAGCGUCCUCGUCGUGUUGAUCGUGAACAGGACCUACUUCCUCCUGGAGAUUUUUCACCGUACAGUACUGAUGAGGAAUGGGAAGAGUACUAUGAAAAGAAGGAGCGUUUCGAGAAUCAUCACCCCACGAUGCAUCAGCUAUCGUGGAGCUCUUACGGCCGCGAUGAAGAAGAUGAUGAUGAAUGCAUCUCAGGCCCAGAAGGACAUCACCACUGCGAUUGCGUCGUUGCGUCUGAUCGCGCAAAGGAUUGGGUAUCGAAUCUGGCUACGAAGCUGACGCGUAGGUGCUACUCCGAAGAAGUGCUACCGAGCUCAGGUCUCUCUGUUUCCGUUCACCGUAAUCUGAUUCGUUGCCGUUCUGCGCUGUCAUGCCUAUCUUUGGAACAGUUACCGAUAUUGGAAGCGCCAAAAUCGGAUUCGUCACCUAAAGUAGCUGAAGAAAAGUCUGGUAAACAUCGAGAAAGGUCAUCGUCGUUGUCGCUACUGGUUUCGAAGUCGCACUCGUCAUCUCAUAAGCGUCACGCUUCUGUACCAAGAUCGUGGAAGCCGGCUAAACAUUGGGUGCGUGAUGACGUCCUACCAUCAAGUCUUAGUGAAUCAAGGCGUGAACGUUACAUGUACCCGAGAGCGUUGUACGGAUACCGCUGUCAUGUUUAUGGUUGCGCGGAGCUGCCUAGCGCCGAAUCACGACGAAAUCGUAGGCGAGGACAUCACGAAACGGACAUACCCGACCAGUGGAUCAAACGAGAUGAGAAACGUCGUUACGACUUCUUAAAAACGGCACGAUUUUGGUUGGAAGAUCGCACACAGCGUAAUAUUCCGGUGGUGUGGUGUGCCAGACCUGAUCGAUGUGAAUCUCAAUUGUCGCAACAGGAUGACUUUGACAUGGAGAAGGAGGAUCAGUACGGCGAAGUGAUACCAGCUACCGAACUACGUGAAUGCCCCCUGAAAUAUCCCAUUGCUGUAUAUAAUCCACCACCCACAUGGAAUAUGCCGAUGCAGUUGCCACAUAAUGAAAAACGCACCGAAGGCUCAUCGGAGCGGCUGGAGCAGUCUUCCUCUGAGCCAUCAGCGUUUCAACCAGUGCUGCAAAGACCGCAGCCGAUUGAUCUUAACGCGAUAGAGUUGGAUAUGCAAUCGGACGACGAGUCGGAUGACAAGAUGCCGAAUUGGCCGUUACUGAAGAAGCUUCGUGAUGCCGAACGUGAGUUACUAGCAGCCGGUAAUCCGAUUGCUAUUGAACGUCAAAAGAUGCGCGAGUACAAUCGUCAACUUCGCUCUGAGAUGGCUCUUGAACAAAGCCUACUUGAGGAACAAAUGCGUCAGAUGAAUCAACUUUAUCUGGAAUAUCUCGCUGCUCAGCAACUAAUUCUAGUACAGGGCGUUCCUGGCGGCAUCCAAACUGGCGAAGGAGUGGCAAUUGACGACAGCGCACUCAACCUUCCCCUUGUCAACGAACAGGAUCAAGUUAUUCCGAUUCCAGAUUGCAACCAAGGGGAAAGCUUGAUCGAAGUUUCGCAUCUUGAGUCCGAUGAAGUGAAUCGUGAAGUGUUGAAUGCUGCUUCAUCAGAAGUUGACAAGGAUGUACUAGUGCAGGUGGAGGAUGUACCAAUGCAGGUGGAUGACGAUUCUGAGUGUUCUCCAAAGCCGGACGUGCUGACUUCUGGUGACGGGAGUGGUGAUUCAACUUCUGGUGUGGAACAGGGAUCAGUCGAAUUAGCUGCAGUAGUUGAUCCGCUGGUGGCGGUCACAUCGUCUCCGAGCAUCGUCGUAACGCCAUCUCCUGGUGGGCAGACUAGGGUUUCCUCAGGCAUGGAGAAAUCAUCUGGAGGUGGUGGCUCUCAGUCAUCACCCGAGCUUUAG